CACAAGCCAGCCUCACAGCUCAGUGUGAUUGCAAGCCCUCUCUGAUUUCUCGUGCUCUUCUCACUCGCUCACGAAAAUCCAACACAAACCGAUCUCGGUACCGUCGCCGAUAACCCGACGCUCGUCCAUCAUGUCCAGCUUAACCGCUGCGACUGAUCUACCGACGGAUCUCCCGACGGCAGCUCCUCUCGUCGCCUCUGCGCUUUGCCUCACGCGUCGCCACUCCCUUGCACCCAUUACCCCUGUGCGCCACACCCGCUCUACCAUCCUUCCUCUUCGUCGCACAUCCUCAGUCGACGCCAGCGCACGCACCCCGCCUCUGCCAUCACCCUCGCGUUCUCGCGACAGUCAUCCCGACUGGAGCAGAGCGAUCUGCCGCCACUGCCGAGAAGUGGGCCACAUAGCCCGUGUAUGUCCCUCCGCCACUCUCGUCGUUUCGUCCCUGCGUAAGCCGCGAAGUUCAGACGCGCCGCCGUUACCCUCUCCAUCAUCUUUUUUAUCCGCCACACCUCCUCCGGCCUCUCCACCCUCCAACCCCGCGUGGCGAAAAGCCAUCUGUCGUCGUUGUGGUAUUACCGGCCACAUCGCACGCACUUGUCCUCGUUCGAGCUCAGCUCCGAGACACCCAUCGUCCGCCACUUCCGUGCUUUGUGCAUAGAACGGGUUCGAUCCCCGGUCCGGAAUUUGACGUUGACUCUCCGCCGUCCCUUGUCGCCACAUCCUCAGCCCCUAUUCCGCCACUUCGCCGCCACCCACCGUUCCUCACCAUCCCUUGCCACCCACACUCCUCGCCACCUUCGCCCCGACUCUCUCUUUUCGGUGUCUCAUCCAGGCUGUAUUGGGCACGGUUACGGAUGCCGUAGCGCCAGGUGAGCCGAUGCUCACGACGCCUCGACGCGCAUCAACCGCUAGGAUACGCUGUUCGUCAUCGCGAGCAGAACGGAAUUGCCAUAUGAAGGAACGCGCACAUGUCCAGGGGGAGUUCCUGACGACUGCCGUAGGUUCUGACCAUAGACGGGUAAUUCACUGCAUGUCGUAGUUGAUCUAGAGGUCUUUCCCGCACGUCUCGCUGAGGGGGAGUGUUGGAUUUAGCUAGGUGCAGCUCGACGUCGCGAGAGCUUUCGCGAGCUUUCGACGGACACGGAUGACUCAGCAGCGCAGCUGCUUUGCCAAUCUCUCGAGUACUGUAGAAUAUUCUAGAUACAUUGUACAGUAGUAUAAAUACAUGAUGUGUUUACCCGUGUAGGGCAUCGGUUUGCCCUAACACAAGCCAGCCUCA